CAGAAGAAUCACAUCCAAACAUCGGAGACAGAAACACGAGCUCAGAGUUGAUCACGUUUGUUGUGAUUUGUGUUUUUUUCUCCCGCAGAUGAUCAAUGAAAUCAUGAUCCCGCGGAGAGAGUUUAAACCCGCUUCACAGUGCUCAUUUUAAACACCAGACUUCAGUAGAGAAUUAAACCACUUCAAGCUCGGGUUCAUGGCGUUUCUCGUCAAGAAGAAGAAGUUUAAGUUUCAGACUCACGUUACUCUGGAGGAGCUGACAGCUGUGCCGUUUGUCAACGGAGUUUUGUUCUGUAAAAUCAGACUGCUGGAUGGAGAUUUCACUGCUUCAUCAUCCAGAGAAGAGGUCCACCAGAACGCCGUUCGCUGGAGGAAGAGGUUCUCCUUUGUUUGCAAAAUGAGCGCCAACCCCAACACCGGCGUUCUGGACCCCAGCGUGUGUCGCGUCUCUGUCAGGAAGGAACUCAAAGGAGGAAAAGCUUAUUCAAAGCUGGGCUUUGCUGAUCUGAACAUGGCGGAGUUUGCUGGCUCAGGCUCCACCGCGCGCUGCUGUCUGCUGGAGGGAUACGACACCAAGAACACCCGGCAGGACAACUCCAUCCUGAAGGUGAACAUCGGAAUGACCCUCUUAUCUGGAGAUCCGUGCUUCAAAACUCCGCCAAGCUCCGCCAAAUGUAUAUCUGUGGCCGGUCGAGAUGCUUCCCUGCAGCUGGACUGUAAAGGAGAAGGAACCGCUGAAGUUUUGCUCCGACUGACUAAACAGAGACCUUCUAUACUCGGCUCUGCUCUUCCUGAGGAGGUGGAUCAGGGUCAAAGUCCUGAUGAAUCGUUUCACACGGGUCAUUCACGCAGCUCAAGUUAUGCCAGUCAGCAGAGCAAACUAUCAGGCUACAGCACCGAACACUCCUGCUCCUCCAGUCUGUCUGAUUUGACCCAUCGCAGGAACACGUCUACAGGCAGCAGCGUGAGCGCCGACCCCCCGUCUGAGAGUGACACCCGUCCCGACCGGCCUCCGCGACCCCCGCGGUCCCUCUUACCCUCCAACAGACCACCGCGGAGGAAGCAGGAUUCGGUGGAGGAUCACCCGACCUGGGUCAACGACACGCGUAUCGACGCAGACGACAUCGUGGAAAAGAUCGUCCAGAGUCAGAACUUUUCUGACAUCAGUAACAAUGAAGAUAGUAACCUGAGACUGUUUGUGAGCAGAGACGGAACGACAGCGCUGAGCGGCAUCCAGCUGGGAAACAGGGUCUCUGCCGGUGUGUAUGAGCCAGUCGUCAUCGAAAGCCAUUAGAUUUACACCCCUGCUGCUCCUGUUUUAUCACUUCAUCAAAAUACUGGAAGAAUCACACAAAUCUAUUCCAGUCACCUCUUGCAUUAGAUAUUUCAUCAAUCUAAAUUACUCCAGACAAGCGUUUAAGUGCCAAACCACGGCAGGUGCCUGAAGCAAACCACCAGAUUUAGCUGAGUAUCGUGAUGCUGCACAACACAAGAACAUUUUGAUCUCAUAUCUAUGGAAGCCUGUUUUCUG